AAGAACCAAUUCAAUGCUCAAAGAAGAAGCAAGAGAAUAGUGUGUUCAGUGGAAGUCGUGGAAGUGAAUCCAGAAGUAAGAGAUUAGCUGAAAAGAAGCAAAUUGAGUAUCCAGAAAGGGUACUAGAGGAAUCCUGCUGUCUAUCUUUUCAAUCAGCUGAAUUCACCGGAUGAUCCAAUAAGAAAUAUGAGCAAGAAAGAAGAUUUCGAUUAUUAUUCUUCCUCAAAAUUGAAACGGAAGACAAUUUCACUUGAGAAGAAACGUGAAAUAAUCACCCGGAAGGAUGCUGGAGCAAAGAAUCGUGAUCUUGCUGAAAUGUAUGGCUUGAGUAGAUCAACAAUUUCCUCAAUUUUUGCCCAGAAGAAGGCAAUUAUGAAGAAUAAACCAGCACUGGGGUAUUCCCGGCUGUCUGAGGUCAGGCAGAGGAAGACAAUUGUUUCCGAAAUGGAAGAUAUGCUGAUGGUGUGGAUAAUUGAGCAACAAAUGAAGGGACAACCAAAUAGUCAGGAAGUUAUCUCAAAUCAAGCAAGAAUUCUCUAUGAACAGCUAAAGGCUUCUGAAAAACAUGCCAAGAGUUCCGAAGAGGAGGAGGAAUUCAAAGCUAGUCGUGGGUGGUUUGUUGGCUUCAAGAACAGGGGCGGACUGCAGAAGAUUGCAAUACAUGAGGGGGAUGGGAAUGUCCCGGUCGAUGGGAAGCCCACAAAGCCCAGAGUUUUGUACAUUGUGAAGCCUUCAGAGAUUGAGGAGGAUAGAAAACUCCUCAUCUGCCCACGUUGUAGUUGUGAGACAAAAGGACGAAAGGAAUUCAUUAAGCACCUGUCAUCCCACACCGUAGACAAAGCACCAGUUGAAAGGAAAUAUCCCAAAAGGACUCCUCCGGAUGCUGCUGCCAAGAAGACCCCAAAGCCCCAUGUGGAGAAACCAAAGGAAUAUCCAUGCGACAUUUGCGGGGGUCGCUACAAAUUCCUCUCGAGCUUCCUCAAACAUUUGCAGAUUCACGAAGAGGAAGCGGCCCUUAUGCGUGAGCAACAAGCCACUGAAGAGGACAUUGAGCAGGAAAUGGAGGAAGAUGUAAAAGAAGAUGCAGCAUCUGAAGAUCCGCUGGGGAUUAAGACUGAAUCGGAAGAUGAGGAGGACGCUGCAUCAGAUGAGGAAGACACUGAUCUACAAGAAGGAAGUUCUGAGAAUUUCUAUCAAGUCCUAAUUAAGACAGAGAAGAAAGCAUAAAAAGGAAGGAUUCUUAAGCUGGAGCUGUGAGAUUUCAAUAAAUUGUCAUUCUUUGUAAUA